AUGCAAAAAGGUACAUCACAAUCAAUAGAUGUUAUAACAUCUACUUCUGGUUCAUCAUCCAUUCCGCAUGACAUGGUCAAUGUUACAACAGAGGCGUCCAUUGAAUAUGGAGUUUUUGACCCGAGAUUUCUUCAAAAUGACUGCAAAGAGAGACGGAGGUUAAGGAAAUUAUAUUUAGACAGUAAAAGAUCUACAAGUCUACAACAACGAAAAUUAUACCCUUCCAAUACUUUAUCAUCUUCUACUGAUUUAAGAUUGAUAUCUUUCAACACGCACAAUGUUACUCCUACAACGUCGGUUGUACCUACAAGUAAUGUUAGUUGUCUUACAAACAACUUGACUACUCCAAUAAACAUUCGUCGUUUUUCUCUGUCUUCAAACAUCACAAAUUCUAGAAACACAUCUACUAUUCUCGAAAGUUCUUAUUUACAGAGGAUGUCGCCAGGAAAACGUAAGUUAUUAAGUAAAUCACGAGCUACAUCUCCUAUACCAAUGAUUGACUUGACGACAGAGGAAACUACAGAUGAGGCAAUUUACAAAGGAGUUUCAACAGAUUAUUUCGAUCAUGGUGACCAAUGUAUUACUUGUGAAGUAUGCAAUGCUAAAUUAUGGGAUGCUGAAAAAGGAAGGGGAAGAAAAGAGAAAGGAAGAAUAUGUUAUUUCUUAUGUUGUGGUUAUGGCAAAGUAGAGCUACCAGAUUAUAAAGAUGCUGUCCCAAGUUAUAAGAAACUUUUUAUGUAUAAGGAUAAAGAAAGCAAACAUUUUUUGAAUAAUAUUCGACGGUAUAACUCCAUGUUUGCUUUCACGUCAAUGGGUGGUAAGGUUGAUCCCACUGUUAACAGAGGUAAUGGACCAUUCUGCUACAGAAUUAGUGGAGAGAACUACCACAGCACUGGAAGCCUGCUUCCGGAAUACGGAGAUCAACCAAAAUUUUGCCAGCUCUACAUUUUCGAUACUGAAAAUGAACUUUCCAACAAACAAUCGGUUUUUAGUCGUUCCAAGGAUUCAUCUUCCUCAAGUGUGGCUGAACUUGAUAGUAAACUGAUUGAACAUAUAAAAUGUGUUUUAGAUUCAGAAAAUCAGUUGGUAAAAGCUUAUAGGAUGGUUAGAGACUGUUUUCAUGAAAACCCUGAUCUUAAUCUAAAGCUUCGUCUAAUUGGUAUUAGAGAAAAGGAUAGACGAACGUAUAAUUUACCAACCUGUGGUGAAGUUGCUGCUCUAAUUGUGGGGGAUAUUGCCAACACAAUCAACAAUAGAGAUAUAGUUAUUGAAACGCAGACAGGUACUUUGAAACGAAUUAGUGAAUUGCAUCCUUCAUACCUUGCACUUCAAUAUCCUAUUUUGUUCCCUUAUGGAGAUGAUGGUUACAGAAUUGACAUCCCUCAUCGAGGUGUCGUAGACGUAAUCAAUAAGAAACGUCCAAAUUGUACAAUGAGAGAGUUCUUUGCAUAUCGUGUGCAAGACAGAAUUAAUCAGUUUUCAUUGAUUCUAAAUUCAAGGAGACUCUUUCAACAAUUCUUGGUUGAUGCGUAUACUAUGAUUGAGAGCGAAAGGCUUAACUACAUACGACUUCAACAAAAGAAUCUAAGGUCAGAUAGCUAUGAAAGUCUAUGUGAAUUAAGAAAUAAGGGCCAACAAGACAUAUCUAAGGUUGGAAAACGAAUCUUUUUGCCCUCUUCGUUUACCGGUGGCGCUAGAUAUAUGAUGCAAAAUUAUUUAGAUGCCAUGGCUAUCUGUAAGUGGUUUGGUUAUCCGGAUUUUUUUAUAACCAUCACGUGCAAUCCAAAGUGGCCUGAGGUAAAAAGGUUUCUUAGAGACACAAAUCUUAAACCUGAAGAUAGGCCCGAUAUACUGAGCAGAUUGUUUAAAAUAAAGUUGGAUUCAAUUUGCAAAGAUUUUAAAGAACGCCAUCUAUUUGGAAAAGUUGCAGCAGUUGUUUACACAAUCGAGUUUCAAAAGAGAGGAUUGCCUCAUGCCCACCUAUGCUUAUUCUUAGAAAAUGAAUCCAAACUUCCAACGGUAGACCAUGUUGAUCCAUUUAUAACUGCAGAAAUCCCUGAUGAAGAUGAAGAUGCAGAAUUAUAUGCGCUUGUGAAAGACUAUAUGAUUCAUGGUCCAUGUGGUAACGCUAAUUUAAGUUGUCCAUGUAUGGUUGACAAUAAGUGUUCGAAGGGUUUUCCAAAGAAAUUUCAAGAUCAUACUACACUGGAUUCAAAUGGAUUCCCAAUAUACAAAAGAAGAGAUAAUGGCCCUGAUAGAGCAACCGUUGCUGUUGUCCAACAUGAUAAUAACAAUGAAGAACUAGAACAAGACGAGGUCAAAGAAUAUUAUGAUUGUAGGUAUCUAUCGGCUUGUGAGGCAUCUUGGAGGAUCUUCGCCUACGAUGUGCAUUACAGGACUCCUUCUGUUAGGCUGCCUUUCCAUCUUCCCGGAAAACAACCUAUUGUUUUUGGACCCAACGAGGAUAUUAAUCAAGUCCUUAACAAACCAUCUGUCAAAGCUUCAAUGUUUCUUUCCUGGAUGGAACGUAACAAAGACCCGAAUGACACAUUGGCCCGUACACUUACAUAUGUUCAGUUUCCAAGUUGGUAUGUAUGGAAGCUUGAUAAACGUUGUUGGGAACCUAGACAAAGACAUAAGUCAAUUGGGAGAAUUCACGCUGUAAGUCCGUCUCUUGGGGAAGCAUAUUUUUUAAGAAUUCUUCUUAACAAAGUGAAAGGACCAAAAUCUUUUGAUGAUAUUAAAACAAUUGAUGGUAAGGUAUAUGAUACAUUUAGAGAUGCAUGUUAUGCACUCGGUCUUUUGGACGAUGACACAGAAUACACUGAGGCAAUCAAGGAAGCAAAUGAAACAGGAUCCCCUUCGUAUCUUCGUAAUUUAUUUGCUACUUUGCUAUUAACAAAUACGUUAUCCAGACCAGAGGUUGUAUGGGAAAGCACAUGGAGAUACAUGACAGACGACUUUAUCUACAGACUUAGAAAAUAUCAUCGAGUUACAGCUUUAUCAAUUCCAGAUGAGCAGCUUAAAAACUACGUUUUGAGUGAAGUUGAAAAAUUCUUAGCUAGAAACAACUCAUCACUCAAAAGAUUUGAGACAAUGCCGUACCCAGAUAAUGCGUCUAUGUCUGAUUCAGACAAUCGUUUGAUUAACGAGGAGCGUAUCUACGACCAAACCAAUCUUGAAGUUGAAUUUAAUAAUCAACUUAAUUUGCUAACUGAGGAGCAACGAUCAAAAGGUCAAAUUGUAUUAAACGUUGCUUCCAGUGGGAUCGCGUCGUUGUUAUUGUCUGGUGGCAGGACCGCGCAUUCCAGGUUUCGUAUUCCAUUGAAUCUUACAGAGGAUUUAGUUUGUCAUAUAAAACCUGAUGGAGAUGUAGCUAGACUACUACACGAAACAAACUUGAUUAUAUGGGAUGAAGCGCCUAUGGUCCAUAAGCAUGCAUUCAAAGCGUUGGAUAGAACAAUGAAUGACAUUUUCAAUAUCGACACUUCCAACAGAUCAAAUAUCCGCUUUGGAUGA